CAUUCACAUUGCGAUAAUUCAAGGCUUCCAAAGUAAUCGCAAUUCACGCUUCUCGGCUGUGACCGUCCCCACGACUAUCAGCCCAGCAUUACGAGGUCGUCCAGUCUACAUCAUAGAGUCAAAGCAAUCAUGUUCGGCUCCACUCUUCGCACCACAUCUGCGCGCAGCGUAGCGAUCCAAAGAUCUCACGUCGCCCAAAACUGCGCUAGGAACAUUUCGCAAUCGACACGUAGAGCGGACGCUGCAUCUUCGGCAAAGAACGCAGCUGAAGGUGCUGCAAAGCAACUUUCUAGCGCGGCUGCGAAGGCUUCGGCUGCUGUGGGACCUGUCGCUGCUAGGAUUCAAGGAGCUACGGGAAUCAACCUGUCCUCUUUUGGGGAAUCGAUCGCAUACAACGCUCGAGUCGCCGGAUCCCUCUUCAAGCAAGUGUACAUUGCCGAAGCCCUCGCUCCUCCCACUUCCACAUCAGCCAUCAAGCAAGGCGCAGAGACGCUGUACAAGCGAGCACUCGACGCCUCUUACUGGAGCGGAGUGGUUAGGACCGGCGAGUGGAAAAAGUUGGCAGUGUAUGGAAUCGAAGUCGUCGGCUUCUUCACCAUCGGAGAGAUGAUCGGCCGCAGGCACAUCGUCGGCUACAAGCUCGACAAGCACAGCUCCGCAGAUGCCCACCACUAGAUCAUGUCUCAAGCUCUCAUGUAGAUGUCUCAGGCAAACUCAAUCGUUUCUGCCACGACGGUCUUCAUACGACAGCCUGAGCUGAGCGAGCGGUAGUACUUUGGUUUGCGCUCCGGAGGCCACAGACUCAAGUUGGUGGCGCGAACAGGCUCCUCGCUUGCCUUCACUUUUGACGCGGGCGGCGCGGGUCUGCAAGCAGAUGUGACUCGAGUAUAGACCCUUGUGCAAGAGAGAUUGGUACCCGCCUCUAAGGGCGUCCGUCACCUUGCUGAAACAGACCAGAGAGCUGAAGGAGCCCCUAUCGGCGAAUGUUGAUUUUUUUGAUGCUCGCGACG